AGUAUUUGGGAUCGAGCCAAAGCUUGGUGCGGAGCCAUUCGGGACAUCUCACCCAGCUCUUGGGCGGCAUGGCGUUGGUUGCGUCGUUCCUGAAAGAUGUCCAAGUGAACUGGGGAUCGAUUGCUUCGGUGAGCGAAGAAGCGUCCAGGGCUAUGGAGUUCGUCCAAUCCAAAACUAAGCCACCAGAAGAUCUGAUUGCGACAUCUCAGUUGCCAGUGAGUUCAGUGCGUGAUGCUGUGAUCUUGCUGCAAGGGCCUGGCAGCGGCGAAGGUCGGGAGCUUGACCUCGAGGAGUUGAGGGAGAUCAUUGCUGAGCUGAUUGCGGCAUAUGGUGAGCCAAGCCUGCAAAAUAAGAUUCACUCGAUCCAGGAACAGCAGCGGAAGGCGCAAAUCAAGCCCAGUUGCUCCGAUGACCAGGAUGACCACAUGGCAGAGCUGCGGGAAGUUUUGUGGCCAUGCCAGACAGAUAUUGCAGAAGCUUAUGGUUUGCCAGGCACCGCUGAAGGCUUGCAACGUAUUCAGAACGCAGUUCAAAGAGCCAUCACGGAAGGUGAUGUGGAGGUCCGAUGUUUGGCAGAUGAGGCUCUGAUGCUUUUAGGCAUGAACCCUUUGCACAACAUCAUUCAAGAGGUGAAAGCUGAGGAUUUCCUGAACUGCAUCUACUCAGUUGCCGGCGAGAGCAGCGAUGUUGAGAUUGAAGACUUCCUUCUGAAUCUGAAGUGCCGCACUCCCUUGGAAAAGGCCGCUCGAGCCCGUGGUCUCUUGGCAGCUCGGCGCCUCAAAGAGGAGCGGCAGCCUCCCGGCGGCCGUCUCACCUGUGGCCUGCUGCGGACCUGGGCGGCCUAUGAGCGCCUAGGCCUCGCCCCACGGCACAUCGCCAGCAGGGAACCUAUGCCGGUGGUCCGCUUGAAGAACCCCACCGCCGCCCAGGUCUGGGACUUUGUGAUGCGAAAUCAGCCCCUGGUCAUUGAGGACGCCGUGAACAUGGCGGACUUCCCGCCGCUCUGCGACUUCGCCGACUUCGAGUAUCUCCGCGAAAGAUGCGGACACCGCUAUGUGAAAGUCAAGGGCGACUCGUGCUGGGACAGCAAAGGGCGACAGCUCUUCUUGAAUGACCCCACCAUUGAAAUCAGAAUUUCGGACUAUUUGGACUUGGUUGAGGUUGCCGAGGAGCAUGAGACCUGCAUCUCUUGGUAUAUGGGCAAGCUGCCACUGCACACCGACGUACCAGAGAUGUUUGAGGACAUUGCCAAUGCUCCGAAUUCCCCGUUCAGAAAGUACGGAAGCUGUUUUGGGGAGAACAACAAAGGCGUUCAUACGUACUUCGGUUGCGGUGGCAACACGACCUGUAUCCACUCAGAUCCCUCGGAAAAUUUGUUGCUUGUGGUCUCAGGGGAGAAGUUUUGGGAUUUGUAUCCACCUAGCAAUGCUGCAUGCAUGCAUACCACCGUGAAGAAGUUCCUGAACUCGCUGGUGCCACCUUUCAUUGACCCUGAGCAUGUGCCAGAAGACGUGGAGAAGAAUUGGUCCUGUUACAAACAUGCACAGGCUCAACGCGUGCACUUGAAAGCCGGAGAUUUGUUCUACCUUCCAAUCUUUUGGUGGCAUUCAGUACAGGGUUCCAUUGGAAGAAAUAUGAUCCUGAACUGGUGGUGUCAACAACACCCAUACAAAGAGUACAAGUACCAGGGCUUUGAAGGCACUCGGGAGAUCUUGGAAGUCUUGCAGCACUUGAAUGAGGCAUGGUCUGGAGAUCCAGGAUCUGGACCAAGUGCUAAGGAGAGAGCUGUGGCUCAAGAGCUGGGGAGCGGCGUUUUAUAUGCCGAUUCCAUGUGUGCAGCCAGCGACAGCUACAAGAAACUCACAGCUCCUCCGCGAGAUCCCAUCAAAUCUGCUUCCUUGAUGCCCAGCAACCGUUUCCGAUGGCAAAGGGCUCGUUGAAUCUGAAUGGACAAAGUUUCCAGGACCGUUGCAUAUAGUAUAUGGGUGAUGCUUUUCUGAUCACCAGGCGUCGUUGGGUCAUAAGCCCCGAGAUACUCCAAGCCUGGAUAUACUCCGCCAGAUUAGUUGAAUAUUGGACCUUUGGCACAUGUCUGAUGGGCACAGGCGGUUCAAGUAUGUUCAAGUAAUGAUUCAUUGGUCAGCAGGAAGAGCACCGUGUUAGACAACAGCUUUGCCCGGCGCAGCGUUUGCCAAAAGCCCCUAUUGUCGCCUCUACCUACGAUUAGAGGCUGCAGGGAAACGCUUGUGAGCUGGUGAUUUGCCAACGUCAAGCUGCCCGAUUUAGUCUGUGGACGGUGGUUAGAUGCCGGCAUG